CCAGUGCGAGUUUUCGUGUGAGUCGUUUGUCUCGGUGCGUGCUACGUCGAACCGCGCCUUUAAACCACUUUGUCUCUUUCAUUGUCGUAAAAAUAUCGAAAUUUUUCGGCAGGCUUCUCUGGAGCCAUGAAGUUUAAUUAGUUCUUGGUUUAAUAGUGUUGAAGUAUUUACUGCGCUUACUUUGGAUCUAGUUCAGUUCGUCUUGGUGCGGAUUUGUGCCCUCGCUUUCAGGAAAAGUUUUAAAAAUACUGGCACAUUAUACCGCGUCAUUCUAACAGGAUUGGAUUGUGUUUUAGGAACUGCUAUUUCUGUGCCACGUCGCGGUGUUUAUGAGUUAUUUUUGUUUCUUCAUUUAAAGUGAUUUUUUGUUUUACACUAUAAGUGAGCGCGCGUGGGUUUGUUCAUAUUUGACCAUCGAUAUUGUGUGUUUCUCAUUGUGUCUUGGAUUAAUCAAUUUUCACUGGAUAGGAUUACCUAUUUACGCCAAUCUUGUGGAUUAAUGAACAAGAUGAUUAAAUUUGCUCAUCUGCCGGUUUGCACCUGGCUACGAUACACUGCAGGAUAACAGGGAACAUAUUGAACAAAGCUCUAACGCUUGCAGGUUGAGCCUGCAGAUUAUGGAUGUGUCUUUUACAAACGUAUUGGAGGGGGCGCGUCAAUAUUUCCAGGGGCUGCCGUCAGCAAGCGCGGCGGCCGGCCCCUACUACGGCCAGCAGAAUGUACAGCAUGAACAACAGCAGCAACAGAAUCAGCAACAAAUCAAUCAGCUACAACGCGGUCAGCACCAGCAGCAUUAUUAUCAACAGAGCAAUGAACACUACGCGGAUAGUUCAACUGCAGCUGCUGUUUCGUCCAAUGCGGGUUGGAUGUCACAACAUACCCCAUCGGAAUCCAGCAGAACACCAUCGAGGGAACGCGCGCCAACUCAACGGCCGCCUUCACAAAGCUCUGGUGGAUCUCGUCCUCCGUCUCACUCGACCCAAUAUCAAGAUAUUUCGCGGCCUUACCACAGCCCCUACCCAUCUCAAAGUCAGGAACACCACGUGCCUGCUUCGCAACCGCAGCAGUCUUCGUUUCAGUUCACGAGGCCUCAGUCGCGAGAAAUACAACAAAAUGCCCAGCACUACCAGCAGCAAGCCAUCGCUACCAAUUCAACGUAUCACCAGCCAGCGUCUCCGCAGUCAUCUCGGUUACCGACUAGAGAACAGUUAGCGCAUACGAUGCAAUCCUAUCAGCACCCGCCGGGAGUAGCCGCUCACACACCUACACAUCCACAGUAUAACUAUCAGAGCAGGUCUUAUUACCCGAAUACGCAAGCUCAACCAUUAGCCGCCAAGUCUGAAGGUACUUACAUGCAACCUCAAUCGUCGCAAGCGAUGUACUACAAACAGAUUACUCCCGGUCAAGUUGCCAGUAUGCCAAGUAAGCAAAAUUCGUACAUUAUGGAUAAUCGAAAAACUGAGACCAGUAUGCCAAGCAACGCUCAAUACCAACCAUCAGUAGCUAAUGACCAAAGCUACCGAGCAACACACAAUUUACCACCAAUAGCUGCGUUGUCCAAUUAUCGACCAAAUAAGACAGGUUUGGUUAAAGAGACUGGCAAAUCUGCAUUGCCCCGGUCUAAAGUGCUUUCUUCACUCAAUAGUUAUUCUACAAGUGUAGCUCAGUCAAUUAAUAAUUCUGCAUCAAUUGCGUACGGUAAUAGCAGACCUGAAUCAUAUUCCAGCACAAAUUCGGCUUACGACAUGUAUAAUCAUGUGACUAAUAAUAAUGCCCAGAAUCAAAAUAACCAACGAAUAAACCCUCAUGUGUCGAGUGUGAUAACACGAACAUGCUCUAAUGUUAUAAUGGCGACAUCUAAUACUUCGCAUUACAGCACACCGAAUAAUCAAAAUUAUAAUCCAGCAGUACCUUACCAGAGAGCGAAAGCAGAAACGCAAAAUUACCACAAAGUACAACCGAAUCAAAAUGUUAAUUACCAGCAACCGAAAUCUGCUGAUAGUAGAACGGAAAACAUUGUAAAUGUACCAAACACAUCUGUUAUUAAGCAAAGAAAAGAAAUUCCAUUAGAUCUAUCGGUCAAAACAGUACGUACAUCAGCCGAUUCUACCGACGGUGAAACCUCAAGGAAUAAAUAUUUACAAAAUAAAUCUCAGAAUGUAAUUUCUAGCCAUAGCUAUCCGACUUUAGAUGUUAAUUCUAUAGAAAGGAGUCUAACUCAACGAUCUCAGUUACCAACAGCGACCGCCCCGAAAGUAGAAUUCCAUCCGAAUUUUAAUCUGUCUUCAAGAAAAACUAACUGGAAUCCUGCUAAGGCCAGCCAGGAUCCCUCAACCAAGCGUGUUUAUCAAGACACAACCACUCAUGCAACUAUGGACUAUAAUAAUAGUACGCAAGCAUCAUAUCAAUCGGAUUAUCUUCUAAAGAACCGAUACCCUCCAAGUACAAUUUCCAGUAUUCCGCAAUAUGCCCAUCACCCAUAUGAAAAUCAUGAUAUAUCGGGUAAAAGACCCGGUCAAAUUCAGUCUCCAGCAAUUCCUACGAAAAUGGCCAAGGUGGAGAAUUGGAGAGAAUCCAUUAAUCUUCAAAUUGAGGAAAAAAUUACCUCGCACGUCAAACAACAACAAUUGCAGGCACAACGACAGCCCUCAACACAUCAACACCGUGUUCAGUCUGUACUACAUCGUCACAAAACGUUUGAGGAUGUGGCAAGAUCUUCUUUGGCAAAUGGACAAUAUCCUCAAGCUAAUAAUCAUGAUAGCAAUUAUCAAAAACCCCCUUACAGCAAACCUAAUAGUUUAUUUCCGCAACCGAAACAUAGUCAGAGUUAUGUGCCUUCUAGUAUACCUCAUUCCGGAUACUACAACAACCCGAAACACACUCAAUCUCUUUAUAUCAAUCCUGCAGCGAGGCAUAAUUCAGCUACUUCUGUUGUACCUAUUGCCAAGCCGCAUAUAGCGACAGGUGCGGACAAAAGAGUGUUGAGUUUACUUCGGAACAGUAUUGAAAUUAAAGAGCAAAAGAAAAUAGAGCAGUUGAAAUCACAGGAUUUGGUAAUAUCCCAAAGAACGGAUAUUCAGCAUCCUAGUACCGAUGUAACUGCACCGUUGCAGCCGAAGCCGGGGAUUGAUAGACGUAAUGUUUCCCCGUUUACUCCAAUUAGUGUACCUGAUCCAAAUAUUUGUAAGAUGCCUCCGAAAGUUUUAGUCCUACUGGAAGAUACUCGCAUAAUUCCAGAUCUUGCUGUAAAAGUACCAAAUGAAGACAACACAGUUAUUAUGAACAAUAGUCCAAGCAACGAUUACGAUGGGUUGGCUGCGUUUUUGGCAGCUAGAAUUCGAACGAAAGGAGAAUUGAAAGAAUUGGCUCACCAUCAAGUAAUUAACAGUAAUGCUGCUCGAGAUGCCCGAAUACAAGCCUUCUUGGAAGAUACAAUGAAAUCGCCGCACAGGCAAAAUAUGCUCAUGUCCAGUUCAUCUAGUAUAUCCAGUACAAGCUCGCAAAAACCUUUAAAAGAUAAACAAGCUGCACGAAAAAAGCUAUUUACCCGCAACGAGGAGGAAUUAGUAAAAGCUUCUAUAUCUACUAGAGAUAAGUCAAGCAUUAGAAGUUCUUCGGAAACAUCUGUAUUCGAUUUCCCAGAUUCAGAUGAUGAAAACGAAAUGCCAGUAUUAGAAAGACAAACACUGGAUGCUAUGAGACGAGAUAGAAGAAACUCUUUGAAGUUGUCCACGACACCGUCACACACUAUGGAAUCAGACAUUAAACUAGAUAUAUUAGAGUCAACUUCUAGAGCUCCUAGUCCAGAAGAUGAUAUAUUUGCAUCAAUCUGUGAUACAUUUAUGGAACAAUUGAGAAACAAACCCACGAAACGAGUAAAACGUACAGUGGAAUCAGAUCCAAUAGUAAAACUAGAAUUUUCUGAAGAAUCUACGGGGGAAGCUAUCCACCCCGUUAAAGUUAAGAAGGAAAUCAAGGACGAUGCAAUACUAAAUUAUCAAGAAGGUGGUACACCAACCGACGACCUAAACAUAAUGCCUUCUUCAGGUGAUCGAAGCCGUUUAUGCGAUCCUGACUUUGAAAAAUGUAAAACACCAAUAAUAAUUAAAAACGUAUUUAGAAGUGAUAGUGAACUAUCCGAUAAUGAAAUUAAGAGUAGCGAAUGCUUGAUGAUCCGGAAUAGACACCGAGUAAGACGAAAAAUAAUUUCAUCAAGUGAGAGUGAAACUGAAGAAGAAAGGGUACAGGUCAAAGUUGAAAAAAUUGAAACGAUUCUUGAUAAUAAAUGUGAUAAAUCUGAAGGUGCGACUGACUUCAUACAAGUUGUUACCAAUUUGAAUAUUAUGGAAACCGAAUCGAAGAUACAAGUGAAAUUAGAGCAACCAGAGGAAGAUAAUUCAAGUGUUGAAAAAAGUCAAGGCCAAUUUCCUAUAAAAUCUGCAGCCGAGCUUUUAGCAAUAAUACGGCCUGCAAAAAAGCCUUCAUUUGGAGAUGGUUCCGAUUUCUAUCCAGGCUGGGAAGAAGGUGUAUACAAAUAUAAGAAGUCGUUAAGAAUGCCGCCCAGUCUGAUACAACUUACAAGACCGCCUAUGAGAUUGUCUACCUCUUUGCCUGACUUAGAUCCAUGCCCUCAGUCUCCAACAACAUCAAUAACAACCGACAUUGAAUCAAAAGAUUCCUUAACCUACAGCAAAAAGGAAUUUAAGCGUUUUCAGUCCGAGUCAGUGGACAGCGAUAGUGAGAGUACAAGUAGCUUUAAUAUAUUUAGUAAGCGAACCAAUUAUGAUUCUGAAGGUUCCUCGUCUAUUAAAAGUUUACCUAACACAAGAAAAGAGAACUUGUCUAUUUUGGAUAAAUUGCUAGAGAAAUGUGGAGGUAGAAAAAAGAAAAAACAUAAAAGAAAAGAUGAUCAUUCACCAAAAAUCACACCUAGGGCGGAUAAUCCUAUUGAGCUAUUAGCAACUCCGACACCCAGUUUGGCUGUUAGCACUAUGUCACCAGAAAAGUCGAAAGGCCUUACUUCCCAAGUGAUUAGCGCCACUUCUGCUGUUUUGCCAUUUAGGAAAGAUACGGUAAAUCACUUCAAAGACGCUUUUAUCAAUAGCGGGAAUAGCAUUUUAGGUGUUCAUGAUAAGUUCACCACCAUUGUUCUAUCAUCAAGAACUAGGAAGGAAACUAGGGCUAUGAAGCAAAGGGUGACAAUAAAAGAAGUAUUUGGAGAAGAUCGUCCUGCAUCUGCUCCCCCUGUAACUUGUGUCAAUGAAUGCAAUGCAAGUGUUCCAACUCUUGAACCGUUUUCUAAAAAUUUGCAAGAAAUUAUGGUUAAACGGGAAAAGCUAGAUAAUGAAGAUAUUCGAAGCAUUCUGAAUAGGACUGCUGGCAAAGAAGAUAAUAGCAUAAAUAACAAUAAUAACCUGAAUAGGCAUUCAAAAGAAUUAUUAGCGAAAGACUUGCUGUCACUGAAAAUUAAAAAAGAGCUUGAAGAGGAAGAUGAAGAUGAAAAUAAAAAGCUUAUUGACUUGGUUAUUAAAAAAGACUUAGAUGUUUGCUCGGAAACAAUGUCGCUGGACAGCGAGGAGAUAGGAUUGACUGCCAAACGAAAGAAUAAAUUCGGAAAAAUGCGACGAAAGUUUAGUUCCGGAUUCGAUUAUAUAAGGAAAAAGAAAAAAGUUAAAAAGGAAGAUCCGGAUAACGGCAGCACCGAGAAGAAAAAAAAGAAAAUUAUAUCUGCCAAAACGCCAGAAUCUAUCGAUGAUAUUCAGAAAGAAAUAAAAAACUGGGUUCUAAACAAGGGCGUCGGAGAAUCGCAUCUACAUAGGGCUGCUCGAUUAGGAUACGUGGACAUCACCGCGUUCUGCUUAGAUAAGAUGAAUAACUCGCCAAGUCCAAAAGACAAUGCUGGUUACACCCCCCUUCACGAAGCAUGUGCCAGAGGCCACUUGGAAAUAGCGAAAUUGCUUCUCAAGUAUGGUGCCAAUGUUCACGAAGCAGCAAAAGGGGGUAUAAGGCCGCUUCACGAAGCCAUCGAAAACGGAUUUGUGGAAGUAGUAAGACUGCUUCUUUCAUUCGGAGCUGAUCCGUCUUUAGCCACAUACGCCGGAUUAACCCCAAUUUCUUUAGCAACUGACGAGAACAUGAAAACAUUACUUAAGGAUCAUCUACGUGAUAAAGCAGGCGAAGGCGGACCAUCUUGGCCGUUUCGUGGGCCUUCGUCAUGUUUUGAUCCAGAGGAAUCCGGUUAUAAUGUUUUAUCUGACACCCCUCUGGAGGAUUCGGACAAAGAACUGGAAGACAUAGAAAUCGACAUGUCGGAAGGACUCCUGCCAAAUCUUUACAUUCUCCGAGAGGAAGCCCCUACGGACCGGUGGGUUCUUCUCCAAGACUUGUCUCAUUUCCUGAAGAUUAAAUCACGGGAUGCAUUACUCAGACAAAUAUCUUUGCCUACCGGUUCGAACAUUAAAGUGAAUUACAAGAACGUGAUCAAAGAACUAAAAAUGUCGGACUUUUUAGAGCAAGCCCAUUGCUGUCAGUUUUUGAAUAUGGGUGAAAAGAUCAACACCAGAGCGUCGAAGAUCGCUCUGGUAAAAUAUACGGACCGAGUGAAAGAACUCUUAGGUAUCGAAUCGGCUGUUAUUUCGGCAAGGUGACAUAUGGCGACAACGUCAAAUGUUUAAUAGGUCUUUAUUAAAUGUUAGGAAAGACAUAGUUUCUAAGAAAAUUUAUCAGAGAUUUAACGGAAUUUUUGGUGUUAUUCGAUACCUCCAACCAUUCCACAGUUUUUGGAAGGAUUACGAAAUAAAUGUGAAUGGUAACUGAAUAAGCAGUUUAUUAAAAUGUGCAAUUCCUUUCCGAAGCAUCUAAUUUUUCAAAAUACUACUUGCAGCUAUUUAAGUUUCGAAUUAUCGCAGAUGUGUAACAAUAUUUUAUGGAUCUGAUGAUGGUUAUGAAGUGAAGUCAUUAUAACAAUAGAAAUUGUAUGUUGAUAGUAAUUUGAAAUUAAUGUCAAAAACCCUAUUCUGAGUAAUUCAUAUAAGUUCUGAUGUGUUUUCUAUUUAUUGAUAAGCUACUAUUGGCAUCAUUUGGUUUAACCAAGCUCAGAAAUAAUGUCAGAUUAUUGUGUUUGGUUAUUUUAUGAUUGGGCUUAUUUAAAGUAAAAUUAAGUAAAGUCCUAGAUUUAUUAGUUUUGGAAUGCCCAAUUUAGCAAUGAAAAAUGUGCAAAUAGUUGAAUUACUUGAUGGUGAAAGUAAUCACUGGAAAUGAACUAGCCCUUAAGCACUCAAAGUAGUAUGGAUUUAUUAGUUGGAAUUUAUCAUGGUUUUUUAAAUCAAUAUUCCUAAAUUCUAACUUUUUAAAUUAAUAUUCUUUAGUUACGGUUCGAACUGGCUGAAAAUUAAAUCAUUAAAUAUUGUUAAUCUUUUUAAAUUUUGAAAAGGUGAAGAAGCGAAAUUCAAUAAGGUUUCCAUCUAUUUUUUGAAGUUAAUAUAUCAAUUAUGAAAUUAACCCAUAAGCAAGAUGAGACAAUACUGUCGUUCAAAUUUACAAAAAAUACCAUUAAACGAAUGUUUUUUUCAACUUAUCGAAGUACUUUUGUCUAUGUAUGACACUUUAAACUUAAUCGUUCUGUUUUGAUACUUUGGCGAGUAAUGUGUAACCUUUUUAGUAAAGUAGGUGUAACUUUUUCAAACCAUAUCAAAACCAUAAUAACUGUGUAUUUGAAAGGCAUGUUUUACUUACUUCAAUAAACACAUCAAAUGCUUAUGACAAAACCACGCUCCUUUGGGUUUAGAUUUAUUUAUGAGUUACUCAUAAUAACCAGAUGAAACUUAUUUUUGAGACAGGAGAUGCUGUUGAGGUGGUCGAGCCAAGAGAGCUACAGGCUAUAUCAGUUAUGAUUAAGAUUCUGAAGUACCCACUUGCAAGUCGAGCUGGUAAAUUGCCUCGUAACAGAAUCAUUAUAAAAAAGCUUUAAUGAUACAAACAUUACGACGAUCUAUAUGCUACGGUUAACAUUGGAAAUUAUGUUAAUCUCAAUAUUACCAGUUAAUACCUAGAAUAACACUUUCCGUUGGUUAAUGUUCGUAUAUUGACUAAUUAAGUCAUAUUCACGUAAGAAGUAUUCACAAUGUAUUUAAUAAUAAUACAUUAACAUGGGCGCAAAAUGGCUAAACUUGACUUUCAAAUUUGUGUUAAACUCGAGAUUAACCGAUUAAUGUUGCGAUUACCUUACUUGGAUCUUCAACCGUAACAUGUACUCUUCCAAUCGAAAUAUUGAGCGUUUGUGCAAUUUUCGGUCACUUUUAUAAUUCUUACACACAAGAAACUUUCUAUUCUUUAAAACGAAUCCUUAGGCAAAAGAAAUCCCGCGAUUCUCUCAAGAAGUAAAAUCAAACUGAUGCUUGUUUCGUUCAAAAUAAAAUUAAAUUUUAAAUAAAAAAUCAAAAAAAUGUUUCAAUUAAAAACACACCUAAUGGUGUGAGAUCACAGUAUCUAGCGAGCCAAGAUUCUUUCCACUUCAACAGUAAUUACAGUGUGACAAAAAAAAAUUUCGGAGACAACUUGUUUUAAUCAUAACUUUUUUUAUUAAAAAUCAAAAUUAUACACAUUCGAAAGCCUACAAAAUACAUAAACAACUAUUCGAAAUGGCCUCCUUCAGCCGACACAUAGGUUUGCAGACGCCUUCAGAAAUUUUUGAUGAUGGUCGCAAGUGUUUUUUCUCAGGUUUCGUCCCACGCCUUUUGGAGAGAACGCUGGUUUGCAGGGCAGGUCUUUUGCUCCAGGAUCGACCAAAUUGCAAAGUCCGUCGGAUUCAGGUCGGGCGAGCUAGACGGCCACAAAGUCUUGUCCCAGACAGCGAUUUUGUUGGUUUUGCAAAAAUCCAUGAUCGACCUCGCAAAAUGAGCUGGUGCCCAAUCCCGUUGAAGUGUCCAGUGCGGAUUUUUGAAGUGUUGUGGGAUCCAGGGAAUCACGACGUCCUUCAAAAUGUAUUCUUGGUAGACUUGGGCGUUGAUCUUGACACCGCGCUCGACGGACACCAGCGGUGUUUUUCCGUUUUCGAAGUUCCCGCCCACACCAUGAUGGAUUUCGGAAAGUGGCGUCGUUAAACUCGGGUUUUUUCUAAAAAUCAAGAUCUUUUUUUUGAGGAGUCGCUCGAGUCGUACUCGCUUUAUUCGCUAAUCCAAUUAAUGACCUCUUCCGAGCUUGUAGGUACGAAGCUUUACCCACCUCCUCCACGAAAAAACAAUUUAACACGGGAAACCAACGUAGCUUGUAUAUAAUUUAACGGGUUACAAAAUAAGCUACAACAGACAAUGUCAAAAACACCAUUGACAUUUAAAUUUUCACAAUUUGUCUCUGAACUUUUGUGUCACCUGUACAUUUAUUUUCUUUCAUUACAAAAAUCUUCUGCGAAUAUUCCUACCCAUAUAUCAAAUAUGGUAUGUGAUUUUCCAACUCCGUGUUCCGACUAUAAUGAUGUUACUAUGAAAUCUGGUACGUCUCCAAUUGCAUUUAACUUCUGGCUUUCCGUCUUGUUGACCAAGAUUGGUUUAACUGUAAACCAAUUGUUUUUUUUAUCACGGCAAAAUUUCCAAACAUAUAAUAUUUAAAAGAAAUGUAGUCUCUUCUGCUAUAACAGUUAGUAGAAUGUUUCGGUUGCGUAGUUGGAGGCGCUCGGGAAUUCAUAAGCGUUAAAAUAUAAGUCGCUGAUCCAUGAAACUUUCUGUUUUAUAGUAUAUACAAUUCUACCAUAUAGUACAAGUUAUAAUAACACAAACUCAACUUAACUUAUAUACACUUAGCGUAGCAUCAACAGAAGAAAGACGCAAUGUCAAAUUUUGGGUUUUCUUGUUUUAAAAUUAAAUAACUUGUGAUCUAAUCGAUGAAUCCUCGUGUUUAAAUCAAAUAAAGCUUAGGAAUCUUGGAAAAUUUUUAAAUAAAGUCAAGUAGAACCAAGACCGAAUUUCGGCAAUUUUAUACAGUUCUGCUCUUUUAUGAAAAGGAAAAAAGCUUCAGGAAAUGUUUAUAAGCACAAGUAUAUUAUUAUAAAAAUAUAUUAUUCAUUAAAAUAAAGUACUCAAGUCUUGUUAGAUAUUUGCAAAAAUUAUCAGCUUUGCCAGUUUUUCCGCUUGUAUAUACCUUUAAAUGACCUUAACUAUCAUUUUUUUUCCCAAGAUUUCUGAUUGCCUGAGCUUCAUUUGGCACAAAAACCACGAGGAUUCAUUAGUCAUAUCAAAAGUUGUUUGAUUUUAAAGCAAGAAAAACCAAAAUGUGACUGCGAGGCGGCGAGUGUGAUGGCCGCCUCACAUCGAUCUAAAUAAAAACUGUAACUUUUCUGAAUUUAAGCAUUCACAACUAGUUAACAUUCAUAUUAAUAUGGUACAAGCAUUUUCAUGUUUAACUCUUAAGCUGAAUAUAAUUUGAUCUCAAAAUAUGUAUUGGGAUUUACAGAAUUAACUAAAAAUGUUAUGCACAAUUUUCGAAUUUAAGUAUAUAAUUUACAUAAAAACAAAUAUAUACCAAUACAGUUGCAAAAAAACAAAAAUUAAAGUUUCUAGAAAAACGUAUUGAUUUAUCCUGAUUAAACAACUUAGAAAAAUGUUUUGUUAGGUACGUUUCUAAACGUACGUUAGGUACUUUAUCUAUAAAGACAGCAAAAUUGCUAUUGACACUUUAAGAUAACUUUUCUAAAUUAAUUUAUUGACUAAUUGAAAUUUUCAUUUUAGAGCCUCAGUUUAAAUUUGUCGUAGAGUUCUCGAGUUCUCCUCUAGGUGGUAAAGAAGUCGUUUUUCGUUGUGAACUAAGAGCACUCCUUAUCAACGCGUAAUAAAAGACGCGAGGAAAUACUAUUUUCGUAAAAGGCAACAAUUUUGAGGCAAAUGAACUAUAGUAUAGUAUAGACCUUAGCUAAAAUAUAUAAAUAUUUACAUAAUGAUAAAUAAUGCCUUUUUCUCGGUUGCCCGCAUCGACAACACCAUGCUGCUUCUGUCAUUUACUGUUUCUCAUUGAUCAAGCCCAUAACAUUUUGCUCAAGACAAUAAAUCGAUGGACCCCGUUAAAGCGGUCCAAUUAUGAACACCCUGUGCAAGUAUUCAACUUUUUGCUCCACAUACGUAUGUCGUAUGUAAAAACUACAGCUUUUUAAAGUUAAUGACAUUCUUUACAAAUAACGAAGCAUAUACAUUUCUAUUGAAAGUAAAUUAUAAUAUACAGGAUGUUAUUUUUAAUAUUGGAUUAUUGUGAUGUAACGCGUUCUCAAGCGAGGAGUAUUUGGCAUUUUUGAAACGUCUUCAAUAUCUAACUAAAUAAAUAUUAGUAAAAAUGCAGAUACACUCCGAAUUAAAAUAGAUUUUCUUGAUUUCCAACCGCUUGAGCUUCAACAGUAGUUCAUCAUUAGUUUCAUUAUUGAACAAUCAUUAAUACCGCAGUAAACUAAUAUUAUAAAUUCAAUUAUUUUUUACAUAUCGAUAUCCACUCUGAUUUGUUACAUUUUAGGUUCAACUGAAUGGAAAACCACUUGUUUUAACCUAAUUUGAACAAAAUGAUUUUAUUAUAUUUGCUGAAAGGAAAAGAACCAGUGUUAGGCUUCAGUGGUGUAAUGUAUUUGAGAAUGUUUAGUGGUUAUAUCUCAGAAACUACUCUGUGUAAUUCCGAAAAAGUAUUUAUUAAUAUAUUCGCAAAUUCAACAUGAAAUAAAAUUUAAAGGUAUACAUAUCGUGGACAAUAUUAGAAGCAAUUUUCAUCCAGCACAAUUUUGCUUUCUGGUGGUUAUUUUUGAAAUUAAGUACUAUUUGAAUCCCAUGGUGGUCCCAAUCCGCAAUAGAAUUACUUUGAAUUAGGCUGACGAGCAGUUUCUGAAAAAAUUCCCAUACACGUGGUCCAUCUCCAAUAAAGUAGGUCUUGAGUAUUAACAGUUAAACAGGCAAAAUACAAUAACUACUCUAAUCUAUAUACUAAGAGUUUAGAUAACUCGAGAAAACUGUUAAUUUACUAGAUUCACUCUGUAAUUAUGUAUAAGCAAUUGUCUUUGGUGCAAGAACGAGAUCAGUUUACGUUUAUUCAAUUAUUGAAGUUUUUUGUUUAUGUUAAAGUACCCAAACCAUUAUUAUUAGUUAUAUACGCCAAAUUAUUAGUAAUGUGCAAUCAAAGUAAACUGGGUCGGGAAAUCUUCCCUGUAAAUAUUGAAUUAAACUACAUCGCAGGCCAACUUAACUAUGGAUCUAGUCUAUGACUAUGCAAUAUUGAUGUAAUGCCACCGUUUCAAACUAUUGUAGUAAUGUGUAUUGAUUUAAAGCUUCUGACCAGGUACAACAUUUAUUUGGAUGUUGUAAAUUUGAUGUAGAAAAAAACCGUCAAAAUAUGGUUCAUACAGUCUACUAGUAGGAAAUGGUGAUAUUAAUUUAUUUAAGGCUGCAAACAAAUAAAAAGAUAAGCAUUUUGUUGUUAUUCAUAUUUUUUUCAACCGACUAGGUAGAUUAAAUGUUGUUUCAGUUAUUAUCUUAAUGCUCAGGGACCUUAAUCUUACUCUUUAGUUUUCUUGUAAACACUUUGUUCGGUUAUGCAUAGUCUUUCAUGAUUGUACAUAAUAGUGUAGCAGUAAGAAAUAUAUGUGGUUUGAAUGUCUCGAUUAACAGAUACCUUGUCUUGAAUGAACUCGCAUGAUAUAUUAAUUGCUAGACGUCUUCAAUUUUAGUUGCUGAUUACAAUUUCAAUUCUUCCAUGACUAAUAUCGGUGUAAAAUAGUGAAAAGAACUAUAUAUUAAUAAAUCAGACAAACACUGUGAUUAAAAUUAAUUCUUCUCACUAAUACUGAACUAACUUAGUAUUGUACCACAUAAAUAAGUAAAAUAUCGUAAAUGUCUAUAAGAAAUAAAACAUAUUUUUAAAUAAGUUUAUAUUAAGAAUCGCAUUUUGCUGUAAAAUCGAAGUCAUAAGUAAUGUACAUGUAUUUAUUUUUAUUUGUGCCCUUGGUAAUGUACAGUUAAGAUUAUCUGUGAUGAGUAACGUCGAAGAAAGUGCAAUGCUUUGAUCAGUGAAAUUUGUGAUUUGUCCAUUGUCCUAUCUCUGAGUGUUGUAGAAUAACGACUAAGUAAGUAAUAAUUUAAUUUAUCGCUUAUUUUUUUCACAUUUUUCAUGUUUUUUUUUGUUUUAGUAUAAAAUACGUGGAUUAAGAA